AUGUCACCCUUGUUUCGUUUUGAUUGGUUUGUAAAGUCACGCACAACUCAGGAACUAACAAGGAGAUGUGACACCCUCAUUCGGCUGGUAGAGAAGGAAAAUCAAGAAUAUGAUGAAAGGGAGAGACAAGCUCGUAAAGAAAAGAAACUUGCCACUAAGAGUUCGACUCCAUCAAAGCGCCCCUUGCCAAGACAGGCAGAGAGUCCAUCUCUGAAGAAGCGGAAGCAAUUAACGAUGGAUCACUAUGUAAGCUCGGGGAAGAGAAAAAAAUAAAUGGACGAAUGCCCUACAUUUCGGUAAAUGAGAGGGGUUGUUUGUAGGUUGACUUCUGAUUUUAAAGCCUUGGUGACUUUGAUAUGGCCUAGUAAACAUCUCUAUUGAUCGUAGCGUGGCUUCUGGCUUCCCAAGCUUGGUUCUAGGGGCUUCUACCUAACACCCUAAUUUUACCUCUUACACCUUCCUUUCUGCAUUCUUAUUUUUUUACUCUCCACAGCGCUGCUUUGCCUAAUGUAACCUUCGAAAGGUUUAUUAAGAUUAAGAUGAAAUUGAAUGCCAAUUUUUUUGUAAAUCUAAACUGUUAGAUUGAAUGUCCGGUUUAUUAACUGCAGCAAGUUUAUUUAUUAAUAUUUAA